AUGGUUAACCCACAAUCAACUCCAACACUGACAAAGUACAGCUAUUUCCAUCUCUGCAUGUACAAUCAGAGAAAUGCUCCCAUCUGUUCUCCGCUUGAUCUGUUUCAAUUGGCAAUCUUCACGUGUACAUUCAAUCCAUCACUUCUUCUGAAAUGUCUACAGACCCUAAGAACAGAGGGUUCAGUUUAUGCUCCAUCAUUUGAUCAUGGUGUUGGCGACCCAAUUGAGAAUGACAUAUUUGUAAAGCCACAGCACAAAAUAGUGAUCGUUGAAGGAAAUUAUCGAUUACUGGAAGAAGACGUUUGGAGAGAAGUUAGAGCAUUGCUCGAUGAGAAAUGGUUCUGGUACAUUGACAUUGAUGUCUCCAUGCAAAGAGUGCUCAAGAGACAUAUUGCCACAGGAAAAGAGCCAGAUGUAGCAGCAUGGCGGAUCUGGUACAAUGACCGGCCAAAUGCGGAGCUCAUCAUGGAAUCAAGAAAGAAUGCUGAUCUUGUAAUCAGAUCGGUGGAGUUCUCAAGCUAG